UAAAGGGGUAUUGGAUUGUUUUAUUUUCUAUUGCCUUCCUUGUCACACACUACUGACGUUAUUUGUUAUUUUUAUAUCUACAAUAGCGAUGCAAUUCGUUAGGAGGUUUUCGAGUCAUUCGAGUUCCAAGAUAGUACCGCCGAAAAAUGCCGGUGUAGUCUUUGACAGCCGUGUGGCUCCGAUACGUUUUUCGCUUCCUUUUAAGCCAUGGCUUUUUAUAUCAUUAAUGGGUUUUUCUGGAGCUAUGUGUGGUAAUUACUUCUUCAGUAAUUUCAUUUUGCGCAAGAAUCCGCCAAACCCUCCACGGGACCCUAACGAGCGACCACCUGAGCGUCAUCCUCAUACACCGGAUGA